AGGACACGUCUAGUCAACAAGUUGAACAAGGAAAGAUGGCGACUACCCCGCGUGAUCGAAAUUCUGCUGGCUGGCCCAGGGGAAGAUCUAUUUCAGACUCAAACAAUGUCAAAACUUCGGCUGCAGUGCAUCGUGAUAGGACAGCAAUUUUAUAUCCUCUUACAAACUACACAUUUGGAACAAAGGAGCCUUUAUAUGAGAAAGAUUCCAGUGUACCAGCGAGGUUCCAAAGGAUGAGAGAUGAAUUCCACAAGAUGGGCACAAGACGGUCGGUUGAAGGAGUCCUUAUCGUUCAUGAGCAUGAUCUCCCCCAUGUUUUAUUGCUGCAGCUAGGGACAACAUUCUUCAAAUUGCCUGGUGGAGAACUCAAAGCUGGGGAAGAUGAGAUGGAUGGUCUUAAGAGACUUAUGACAGAGAUUCUUGGGAGACAAGAUGGUGUUCAGCAAGACUGGAUGGUAGAAGAUGUAAUUGCAAACUGGUACAGACCCAACUUUGAACCCCCUCAGUACCCUUACAUUCCAGCUCAUAUAACCAAGCCAAAGGAACAUAAAAGACUCUACUUUGUUCAACUUGCAGAGAAGGCCCUGUUUGCCGUCCCAAGGAAUUACAAGCUGGUAGCAGCCCCUCUCUUUGAACUCUACGACAAUUCACCGGGAUAUGGUCCUGUCAUAUCCAGCUUACCGCAGCUACUCAGCAGAUUCAACUUCAUUUACCAAUAACGAUGGAUCAAGAAAUCAAGAUAUUAUGUAGAUUUCAGCACCUAAAGUGGCUAGCAGCUUUGAACUAAAUGGUGGAACAUUUUGACAUGGUUCUCAAGACUGCUUUUAAUCUCAUCUUGUAAAUAUAGUCUAGAGGAUUUGGGAUACCUUUUUGCAAAGCUUGAGCCCUACAAUUUCAAGUGGACAAGUUUCAUUGGCAUCAAAGAUGGAUGAAGUAAAUUUUAGCAGUUCCUGGACUCUGGUUACUUAAUUCACAGAUGUUUUUAUGUUUUAUUAGCACACAAAAUUGAGGUUGAAAUCUUUUAGAGACUCAUUUGGUCACUCUGUCUAUUCAAAAUAUGAGAUAUCAGGGUGCUUGUUUUAUUCAUUAGCAUGUCAAAACAUUUCCUCUACAAUUACUGUGUAUCUGUUUGUGAACAAGAAUAUUGUUCAAAGCUGUUUACAGUUUAUAUGAACAUGAAUUUAGAUCCAUUGAUAUGGCAUUUUAGAACCAGCAUUCUUGCAGAUUAUAAUUAUGUAAUAAAUCUUGCACAGAAAAUAUGAGUGUCUAUAUGAAGUUGUCUAAUAUGGUGAUGCUAUCUGUGGUCU